CAGCUUCAGUCAUAUUUAGUUCACAUUUCAAUCUACCAAAAUGUCAAAUGCAACGCUUGUUGAAAUCAAUGAAAAGUUCGGCGGAACUUGGAAACUGGACAGAAGUGAACAUUUUGCGGAUUUUCUCAAAGAAGUUGGAGUUAACAUUGUCGUGAGAAAGAUGGCCAGCCUCGCAAAACCUUCCUCAACAUUAUCUGUAGAAGAUGACGUCAUCACUAUCACACUCAACGCUGGGUUCAUGACGAAGUGUGAUAAAUUUAAACUUGAAGAAGAAUAUGACACUGAUUUCCAAGGAGAUAAGGCAAAGGGCAUUGCAAGCUACACGGAGGGAAAUUUGGUUAUCAAGAAUACACCGAUAGGAGACAAUAUGAAACCGACAACUGCUACCAGAGAACUGCUGGAAGAUGGCGAAAUGCUCAUGACAAUGUGCGUUGGCGACGUUGUGUGCAAGAGAUGGUUCAAGAAACAGCCGUAGGUCUGCAGGCUCUCCCUUACAUUCAUUUCGGACGAUUUUGUCCGAGUGUACCCACCGGAAUUGACCGGAAAUACACGAUCUUAUACGGAAACUUUCAGUGUUUUGUACACGUGCAAUCAACUCUUAUAUUGUUAUGUCGAGGUAAAAAAUAUAAUAAUUUUUGGCCGUGCAUUGAAUAUAAACAGACUUCAUCGGAUUCCAUAAAAAGAGCGAAAAUAAAUGACAGUAAUCAAA